GCUGGGGCUGCCCUUCCAGGGAGCGGAGCUGCCCCGAGGAGGAAGCGGGGACAGGGUCGGCUCUAGAGAGGGCGCAGGAUCUGACCUUGCUGACCUCGCAGGAUCUGACCUUGCUGACCUCGCAGGCUGACAGGGGAGCUGCGCCCCCAGAGAAGCAUGGAUGCCCCUCGAAGGGACAUGGAGUUACUCAGCAACAGCCUGGCGGCCUACGCGCACAUCCGCGCUAACCCUGAGAGCUUUGGCCUCUACUUCGUGCUGGGCGUCUGCUUUGGGCUGCUCCUCACCCUGUGCCUGCUAGUCAUCAGCAUCUCCUGUGCACCCCGCCCGCGGCCCCGUGGCCCCGCCCCGCGCCGGGACCCCCGCAGCAGCACCCUGGAGGCCGAGGAGGACGAGGAGGACGACGACGACGAGGAGGACACGGUGACGCGGCUGGGCCCCGACGACACGCUGCCGGGCCCCGAGCUGUCCGCGGAGCCCGACGGGCCCCUGAGCGUCAACGUCUUCACUUCCGCGGAGGAGCUGGAGCGGGCACAGCGGCUGGAGGAACGGGAACGGAUUCUGCGAGAGAUCUGGCGCACCGGACAGCCUGACCUGCUGGGCACCGGCACGCUGGGGCCCAGCCCCACGGGCACGGGCACCCUGGGCCGCAUGCACUAUUACUGACCUGCCCACUUGCGCUGCAAGGUGCUCAGCGUCCAGGACAUGCGUAGGGGCUCAGAGCUGCCCCAGGACCUUUGGACUGCCCCCUGCCCACGGUGCUAUGGAGGCCCCGCCCCCACGGCUCCCCUGGUGCUAUCGGGCCUGGAUUCUGGCCCUCUGGGAGACACCCUUCCCUAGUCCAGCCAGAAGGCCCUGGGGGUAGGGUAGGACGCAGGGUCCCCAUCCCCUCUCUGGGGGACGGUUAAGAGGUGACGUGACCAAUGAAAGCUGCAUUC